AUGACGUCAGCGGAUGGCGCAGGAAGCUAGGACUGCAUGAACAAACAUCCAGCUCCGUUGAAUCGGCUAUAAUAAAAAGAAAAUACAGAAACAAAACAUGACACUGUGGACUAGUCGGGGUUUCCGUGAGCAUAACGUGGUAACAUUUACAGCUUAAAAAAAUAAAAAUAAAGAAAACGUCGUGGGAAUGUCGCUCGCGGGAAAUCUCCAUCAACGUCGACCACUGGGGGAUGCGUAAAAUGGAGCGUCACAACCUGCGAGGCGUCAAAACACAGCGGGACAUAGGAGCAUGGCGCUUAAGGACGCACCGCGGAGCCAUCGGUUAGCCAUCUUGGCCGCUGUCUUCAUCUUGAUGACGCUCUUCAUCCUCUACAACUCCAACACCAGCAACGAAACAUACGCGCCCUUCACCGUGGUCAGCAACCACACCCCCAAGACCACAGACCUAAAGAAGUGGGCCACCAAAGAUUGUUACGUGCCCGUUCAGGGGAAUAAGAGCAUGACUUUGCGAUGUCACCAAUGCGCCUUGGUCACCAGCUCCAGCCACGUCCUGGGCAGCAAUGCCGGGAAGGAGAUCGACGCCACGAAUUGCGUCAUCCGCAUGAACGACGCCCCUACGACGGGUUACUUUGCUGACGUGGGCAAACGGACAACCCUGAGGGUGGUCGCCCACUCUAGCGUGUACAGGGUGGUCCGGCAGCCUAAAGAGUUCCUGAGCGGCGCGGACAGCAAACCCAUCAUCAUCUUUUGGGGACCCCCAAGCAAAAUGACUAAGAACUCCAAAGCAGCCGUGUACAGAUCCAUCCAGACAAUCCACGCCACUUAUGCCAAUGUUUCUUGUUUCACCGUGGCGCCCAGCAAAAUGAGCAGAUUUGACAGUCUGUUCCAACGAGAGACCGGACGAGACAGACAAAAAUCACACUCAUGGUUGAGCACUGGCUGGUUCACCAUGGUCAUCGCCAUUGAAAUAUGCGACAAUAUCAAAGUGUACGGGAUGGUUCCGCCCAAUCACUGCAAGAAUAGGAUGGGAUCCAAAAAGCUGCCGUAUCACUACUACAAACCGAGGGGCUCGGACGAAUGCGAGACUUACGUGGAGAACGAGAACAACAAAGUAGGGAGCCACCAUCGCUUCAUCACUGAGAAGCAGGUGUUUUCGCGCUGGGCGCAUCAGUACAAUAUCACCUUCGCCUAUCCCGCUUGGUGACAGUACCCUUUCCCUUUGCCCGUACACGGGCUAAGACCGGCAAGUAGCCGAGUGACGACAUAGACUUUCAGGGAUCACUACAAAGAGGACCAAAUGUUUUCGUUUGCGUCAAAAGUGAUGCUCUUAUGUUUCCCAUAAUUAUCGGCCGGUACAGUGAGUGCAUCAUCUCAUGGAUGGCUGCUAAGACACUUCUGACAAAAAAGGCUUAAAAAGAUCCAAGUGCGCUCCACGGUGAAGCCUUUGGGGGGUUUUAAGGCAGAUUAGGAAGAAAUGAGCUUGCUUUCCGGGGAUGAAGCCAUGAAAAGCACCUGCAGGUUGUUUGUAAUAACGACUACCAUGUUAUAUUUGGUUUGUUACAUUCGUGUAUUUAUUUCAGAUUUAUACAAAUUCCAUCCAUCCAUUUAUCUUCUUCCGCUUAUCCGAGGUUGGGUCGCGGGGGCAGCAGCCUAAGCAGGGAAGCCCAGACUUCCCUCUCCCCAGCCACUUCGUCCAGCUCUUCCCGGGGGAUCCCGAGGCGUUCCCAGGCCAGCCGGGAGACAUAGUCUUCCCAACGUGUCCUGGGUCUUCCCCGUGGCCUCCUACCGGUCGGACAUGCCCCAAAUACCUCCCUAGGGAGGCGUUCGGGUGGCAUCCUGACCAGAUGCCCGAACCACCUCAUCUGGCUCCUCUCGAUGUGGAGGAGCAGCGGCUUUACUUUGAGCUCCCCCCGGAUGACAGAGCUUCUCACCCUAUCUCUAAGGGAGAGCCCCGCCACCCGGCAGAGGAAACUCAUUUCGGCCGCUUGUACCCGUGAUCUUGUCCUUUUGGUCAUAACCCAAAGCUCAUGACCAUAGGUGAGGAUGGGAACGUAGAUCAACCGGUAAAUUGAGAGCUUUGCCUUACGGCUCAGCUCCUUCUUCACCACAACGGAUCGAUACAGCGUCCGCAUUACUGAAGACGCCGCACCGAUCCGCCUGUCGAUCUCACGAUCCACUCUUCCCUCACUCGUGAACAAGACUCCGAGGUACUUGAACUCCUCCCCAACCCAGAGAUGGAACUCCACCCUUUUCCGGGCGAGAACCAUGGACUCGGACUUGGAGGUGCUGAUUCUAUUAAGUGAAUUUUUUGCAAUAUACAAUAUACAGCACGGUGGAAGAGGGGUUAGUGCGUCUGCCUCACAAUACGAAGGUCCUGAGUAGUCGUGAGUUCAAUCCCGGCCUCGGGAUCUUUCUGUGUGGAGUUUGCAUGUUCUCCCCGUGACUGCGUGGGUUCCCUCCCGGUACUCCGGCUUCCUCCCACCUCCAAAGACAUGCACCUGGGGAUACGUUGAUUGGCAACACUAAAUUGGCCCUAGUGUGUGAAUGUGAGUGUGAAUGUUGUCUGUCUAUCUGUGUUGGCCCUGUGAUGAGGUGGCGACUUGUCCAGGGUGUACCCCGCCUUCCGCCCGAUUGUAGCUGAGAUAGGCUCCAGCGCCCCCCGCGACCCCGAAGGGAAUAAGCGGUAGAAAAUGGAUGGAAUAUACAAUAUACAAUACACCUUACAAUAUACUCAGAAUAUACAAAUUCUAUUAAGUGAAUUUUUUGCACUGAUGUGUUAUAUACAAGAGUAAGAUCAAAUGUAUGAAUUUCCUUGUGAAGAUUUGCAUCAAUAAAAUUAUGUGGAAAAAAAACGUACCAUUGUUUGGGGGGGAAAAAAUGCAAAAACAUCAAAGAGCUUUUAAAAAUCCUUCUUGAGAUUUGGCGCUACCUGAUCGCCCUCGCUAAAAAACACUAGGAAUGUAG